CGUGUCUACUCUGCUGCACACAAAGCAGGAAGCAGACCGCCGAGCCUCGUGUGCGGUUAGCUCAGAGCUAAAGCUAAAAACAGUUUGUUAAAAUGUCCAAAAGCCAAACACUGAGAGCUUUGGUGAAUGAGCGGCUGACUGCGGCUGCUGAAGAGAUCUUUGCGCUGUUUGAAAGAACGAUAGCGGAGUAUGAGGAGGAAGUGUGUCGCUCCAAAGAGGAGAACCAGAGGAAACAGGAGCUCCUGGACUCGAUACUGAGCCCCUCAAAAAGUCCUGGCCCCGGUCUGAACCAGGACCCUCCACACACUCCACGGAUUAAAGAGGAGCCACAGGAGCCACAGGAACUGAACGUCAAACAGGAGGAACACACGCUCCUAGUACAGGUCUCAGUGGGCUUCCCAGAGUCCAGUGAUGUCUGUGUCAAGACAGAAGAGUCCUCACAGCUUCAACAAAGACAAACUGAGCUCAGAGAAGAAACACAGGGAGAGGACAUCAGCGCAGAGACACAUUUAUACUCCUCUGACACUGACAGUGAUAAAGACUGGAGAGCUUGGUUCAGCCGUUCAGCUGCACAGAUGGAGACAGAUGCUGAUGGAGACCACUACAACCAAGUCCAGAUCAGAGCCAGAAGCUCCACUGCCCAAAACUCAGGUCUAUCCCUGAAAUACAAGUCUGCACCAGAGACCAGUGCCAUUGUGAACAAUGCAGACAUGUCAGGAACAGCAGAAGGAGCUGCGGGCAAGAAACACCAGUGCUCUGUGUGUAAGAAGAGAUUUGGGACUAUGUGGUUUUUACAAAGACAUAUAAGAGUUCACACAGGAGAGAAACCAUUCAGGUGUUCAACCUGUGAGAAAACAUUUAACCAAAAAGGUAAUCUAGAUGUACAUAUAAGAAAACACACAAGGGAAGCACCUUACAGGUGUUCAGCCUGUAAGAAAUCAUUUUCUCAAAAAAGUUCUCUAGAUGCACAUGUGAGAAUACACACUGGUGAAAGACCUUACAGCUGUUCCAUCUGUAAUAAACUGUUUAUAGAAAGUUGUAAAUUGAAAAGACACAUGAGAAUUCACAGAACAGAGUGUGACUGAAGUUUUUUGGUUGUGUUCAUGAGAUGUUUUAAAGAGCCCAGAGUUGUGUAUUGGAGUCUGCUGCUGACGACUCAAAUGCAGAUGUUUGGAGCUGUCGUCUGUGGUUAAAACUCCUGUACCUGAUGUUGAACCAUAACAGAGAAACAACUCUGAGAGAGUCACAGGCAGCUGCUUCUGCACUUUUACAACACACUGCAUGGUGUAAAGGUAGGGUGACCAUAUUAACGUUUGUCAAAACCAGGACACCGUACAGGGGGUGGGAGGUGGGGCCUCGUCACCGACAUUGAGCGACUCUCACUUGGCAAAGCUUUUUAAUGUUUUUCGGUGUCCUGGUGCUUUGAGAUCCCUGGCACCCCCCACUGGACACCGAAGCAUAUGUGCCUGUUUUGUACACUGUGCACAUGGUGUCACACUUGUCCCGACCAGGACAGACAGUGGGGAAUUUCUUGUACAAGUCAUCGUUAAAUAUGCAUUUGCGCUUUGGCAUGUUGCAGACUGACCGACUGUUUGUGUCUGUUCACUCCUUCUGAGUGCAGAGAGCUACGAGAGAUGCUCAAUUUAAUGGCCCACUGAAUGGUAAUGAAAACCCGGACAUUUGCAUCACUUUAUAAAAAAAUAGCAGGGAUGGCCAGGACAGGACGUGGAAAAUGGACAUGUCCAGGGAAAAACGGACGUUUGGUCACCCUAGUAAAAAAUAAAUGAGGAUAAGUCCCUUUCCUCUGCAGGUGAACUUGUAAUUUAUUA